CAGCCCUCUGCCCCCCCCCCGAGCCACGCUGGUGCCCCUCACUCCCAUCCGGCCCUAGUCUCUCCCUGGGAGCCUGGUGACUCACGUGCCCCCCUGCGGCCGUGCUGGGUGUGGGGGGACCGGCAGCUUCGUGACUCCCUGUGGGGGGCAGGAUGGGGGCUGAUGAGGGGGUGGAGAGAGACUUCAACCUGCUACCACCUGGGCCGGUGGCCCCCCCUCCAGCACAGGCCCCCUGCCCCCGAGCCAGCCAGCGCCACCCUGUGGCCAGAUGGGGCCGGCGCCCCCUGGAGGGGCCAGGGCCGGCUGGAGGCAUCGGGGAACCCGGAAGCUGCCCCCCCCCGUCUCCUUUCUGUGUCAGCAGCUGACGCACGGUCCCCCCCGCGCCCCCGCAUCCCGUUACCACGGCAACCCAUUGUUACCUCCAACGCAGCCGGGGCCGGGGGGGCCCCAGCGUAUAUAGGGCCCUGGGCCGGAGGGAAGGCACCAGCGCUGGGCGAGCGGCCCGACGGGGUGAAGCACAGAGCCGGGCGGGGAGAGGAGCGAAAGGGGCCCCCCGUUUGCUGCACCCCCUUUUCCUCCCCCUGACUGCCGGGGAUCCUCCCCCUGCUGUGGGGCCGGGGCGUUGCCCCCCACAGAGAGCAGUUUAGUGGAAGCAGGCAAGCGCCAGCUGUCCCCCAUGUACGCCGAGGCCUCCACCAUGAAUUUCCGGACGCCCGGGUUCUCCCGCCGCAGCCCCCCGCCCGCGGCGAAGCCGGCCCCCGGGGCCGGGGCGGUCCCGACGCUGGGGGGCAUCGCCCAGAUCUCGCCCUGCCUCUACCUCUGCAGCGGCAACGCGGCCGCCAACCGGCAGCUGGUGCGGGCCCGGGCGGUGACCUGCGUGGUCAACGCCACCAUGGAGAUCCCCAACGCCAACUGGCCCGAGAUCGACUACGUCAAGGUGCCGGUGCCCGACCUGCCCCACGCCCCGCUGGCCCUCUACUUCGACCCGGUGGCCGACCGCAUCCACCAGACGGGCAAGCGCAACGGGCGCACCCUGGUGCACUGCGUGGCGGGCGUGAGCCGCUCGGCCUCGCUCUGCAUCGCCUACCUGAUGAAGUACCACCGCCUCAGCCUGCUGGACGCCCACCAGUGGGUGCGGAGCCGGCGCCCCGUGGUGCGGCCCAACGCCGGCUUCUGGCGCCAGCUCAUCGCCUACGAGCGCCGGCUCUUCGGCAAGAACACCGUGCGCAUGGUGCCCUCGCCCCUCGGCCUGGUGCCCGACGUCUACGAGGGCGAGACCCGCGGCCUGGUGCCCCUCUGGAGCUGCAGAUAGGGGGGCGGCGCCGACUUCGACCCCGGCCGGCCGGCGUUUCACGGUGCUGCCCCAGCGCGGGGCAGGUCUCGGCGGCCGUCCCCGCUCUGCCUGCCCCCGGGAGGGGAGCGCUCGGCCGGACUGCCCCGCAGACUGAACCCCAGAGCGGCACCGCUGACUCUAUUUGCCCCAGAGGAGGGAUUUGGGGGCAGAUGUCCCACAAAGGGGCAUUUUCUAACCUCAGAGACUUUGUGUGUGUGCGGGGGGGGGGAUGUGCGGAGUCUGAGGGUGUGUUUAAAGGGGGGGGGGGGAAGAGUCAUUGAGCAUAACCCCCCCCCACAUUGUGUGACCCCCCCGGGGGCCUACCACAAACACCCAGCUCACCGCCUUCCAAGUCACAUCCCCCGCAAACACCUUCUCUGCCCCCCAGAGAGACGAGAUCGAAAUUGCUGCCCCCCCGGGGGGCAUAAGUGGGGGGGGGGAUCUGCUCUCAGCCCCUGUAUAGCUCUGUACAUAGCGCCAAAGGUCUGUUCCUUACCCAGGGUUUGUACCGAGUCACGGGCGGAGAGCGCUCGUUAAUAAAAAUGAACCUUUGACUUAAA